UAUGCUGAAGGGUUUCAAAGAAACUAGAAAAAGAGAGGGGAGCAUGCAAACAUAAAAAACUACAACUUCCAUGAUUCGCUGUAUACCGUGUUUUGAUGGGAUGCAGGAAGUCCUGGCUGGAGCUGUGCUCCAUCAAGAAGAAGGGGGUAAACGACUGGUCUGAAUGAGACAGCCUUUGGUGGUAAUAAAACAGCAUAUUAUCAAUGGAUCAGGAAAAGCAACGCGGACGUAAGGCAGCUCUUGCUAUAGCUGCCAUAGUUGUCCUCGUGGGGAUUCCACUGUGGUGGAGAACGACAGAGACCUAUCGUGCCUGGUUGCCGAUGUCACAAAUCCGUGAGCUGGAUUCAUUGCAUCUCCACCUUACUCUGGAAGUGGAGGUGGUAUUUGCCCAGGGCACACUUACACCUGAUCAACAACAGAAGCUUCCAGUGAGUCAGGUUCGUGAACAAGAGCACCAUGUGGAUGGCGAAACAGAUAUGAAGUAUAGAUACGAGACCAAAUACCGCACAGCUACGAUCAUGGAGGAAGACGCCCUGAAUCAGCCAAACGCAGCCGAGGCAGAUAAGUCCUUGCACGUCCUGAGUGAGAGUGCUUGUGGUUCUGUUGUUGUAUAUGUGUUACCUGAAUCUUCCACACUGCUAGCAGAAGAUAUAAAAGUGUACGUCGGUCUGAAAAGAACAGCACUGGUCAAAUUUGAACUCCGAAAAGCAGGAACAGGAUUGAAGGAGGUUCUCUCUGCAAUAGACCCUGAAGUGGAGCAGGUGGUCCAGACUAUGUCCUUUAGCCAUCAGGACAUCAUUGCAGCACUUAGCAACCGCAUCAGACUGGCCAAGAUGAGCAGGGAAAGCCUAGUGGACAGCAUGAGAGCCUUCAAAUCCAGUCCUGGCUAUGAGAUCACAUUCAGUCUGCUGAAUCCCAGCCCCCAGUCCCACAGGCUGCAGUGGGACAUUGAGGCUGCGGUGCAGCAAUACAUUCAGCCUUUACUUGACAAGAUGUCUAUUGUGGCCAAUUUCUCUGUGGAUUCUCAAAUUCUGUACUAUGCUGUUCUUGGGGUGAAUCCUCGCUUUGACAAAACUGCAUCAGCCUACACACUCAGUGCUGACAGCCUUGCCCAUGUCAUUAACCCAGUGGAAGCCAGGCUGGGCUCAAAUGCAGCAUCCUCCAACCCUGUGCUCAACUUCCUCCUCUAUGUCCCAGACCCCCACCACUCCCCACUCUUCAUCCGCGACCAUAGGAAACGGGAAGUCCCAUCAAAUGCGUUCCACAGUCCUCGUUGGGGCGGCAUUAUGGUCUACAAUGUGAAUGACAUGUACAACAACGACACCAGCUUCCCAGCUGACCUUAAUAUUGAUAUGAGUAAAGUGAUGGGUGUUUUCUUGGCACAGCUCAGGCUACUGUUAGGAAUUCAACAGGUUCAUCCCCCCAAAGGCUUUGAACUCCAGGGCCCAGGCAGUGCAGGAGUGGCCGACUGGGAGCUGGACCGGCUUCUAUGGAGCCGCAGCGUCGAGAAUGUGGCUACGGCCAGUGCGACGAUCACCUCUCUUUCCCAACUACUGGAUGAAAUUGGUAACAUUGUCAUUAAUGACAAUAUUGCACAACAAGUACUCAAUGCAGUGACUUCUCUACAGGCAGCUAUUGCUGAGCUGGAGGCUGGAAACUUAGCCUUUGCAUUGCAAUACAGCAGAGAAGCUAUUUUAGCAUCUGAAUGUGCAUUUUUUGAUCCAUCAUUGUUGCAUUUGCUCUAUUUCCCAGAUGAUCAGAAGUUUGCUAUCUACAUCCCUCUGUUCUUACCAAUGUGUGUCCCGAUACUGCUCUCACUGCUGAAGAUUUUUAGUGAGAUGCGACAAAUGAGAGCUGAGAAAAGAGCCAAAAAAGACUAACAGUCCCUCUUUCUUAACUAUACACACAUACACACACACAGGUGUGCACACUUGCACGUGCCAACACACACACACUCACACUGUUCAAACUGUUUCCUCAGGUAAUGCACUGACAGAUACAUGUAGAAGACACUGGAGCAGAGCCUAAUUAACUGUUUGGUCAAUGUUAUUGGCUCUGUAUCUAGGUUUUGUUUGCUUUGUUUGUCUAGGUUUGUUUUGUUUAAAUAAAUAAAUAAAUUGUAAACUGUUAGGGUCAUCCAAUACAUGCCUGUUAAUGAGCGAAAACAAGGGUUUGUUAAACGAAUUACCGGAAAAACAUGCGUUUUUGUGGAAUGUUUGUGUGGAACAGUGUGGGAUGUUUCUGAUUGAAUAAUGAAAAACAACCAAAAUGGACCACGGGAAAGUGUGGUAGUCGGACAUUUUUAGUGAACUUGUAGACCUCUGCA